CUUGCAUCGCCUGCUCUCUUAUCUUUCUCCCAUCACCAAUUGUUCUCCUUCUCCAUCUGUUCCAGUCUUUAUUCCUCCCAGUGUCUCUCCUCCCAGUGGUCCAAGCGUGUGGGCCAUCUCUCCAGAGGAGAGGAACAAACAUGAUCAGAAGUUUGACACCCUCUCCCCAUCAAUGGGCUAUGUCUCAGGGGAGCAAGCGAGGAAGUUUUUCCUCCAAUCAGGGCUGACUGCCUCAGUGCUGGCUGAGAUAUGGGCUUUGGCUGACAUGAAUAAAGAUGGGAGGAUGGACAGGUUGGAGUUUUCUAUCGCUAUGAAGCUCAUAAAGCUCAAACUCCAGGGAACAUCGCUUCCCUUAGCACUGCCAAUCAUCAUGAAGCAGCCUCCAGUGCCUGCUCCCACCCUCAAUAACCCCACCUCAUCCAUGACCAAUCCAGCCUAUGGUAGGGGUGCUGUGCCUAACAUGUCCAUGAUGCCUGGGACAAACCUUGCCAUGUUGACCCCUAUCUCCAUGGCAACCCCCGGGCUCUCACCUAUGACACAGAUGACAGGCCUCACCCCUUUGGUUACUACAGCAACAGGCCUGAGCCCUCUUAUAGCCUCCACCCACAACAGGCCCCUGAUGCCCACCGUGGGAAAUGCCACCCUGCCAAACGGCACCAUGGGAUUUCUCCAACCAAUCCCAGCUGGAGCUCUGGCCACUGGCCUAUCUUUCUCUGCAUCCCCUUACUCUUCUCCGCUAGGAAUCCCUGGUGCGCCUGCUGGUAUGAACAAGGCCUCAUCGCUGCUGGAUCUAGGAUCUGUCAGCUCCACUUCCUCAUCCCCCUCUGUGAUGUCCCCCAUGGUUACUGGUCCCAGCGACUGGGCUGUGCCUCAUGCAUCCAGACUCAAAUACAGACAGCAGUUCAACAGCUUGGAUAAACAGAUGAUUGGAUACCUCUCUGGUCAGCAGGUGAGAGGUGCCAUGGCGACCACAAUGCUGACUCAGACACAGCUGGCUUCCAUCUGGAAUUUAGCUGAUGUGGAUAAGGACGGCAAACUAAAAGCUGAGGAGUUUAUUCUGGCAAUGCAUCUCGUGGACAUGGCAAAGAGUGGACAACCACUGCCGCUAACACUGCCAACUGAGCUGGUACCACCCUCACGAAGGGCUGCAGUGAAUGGAUCCAGCCCUUCUCCCUAUGCUGCUCUGACUGAAGACUUGGACUUAGAACCUCCACAGAAAGCCAAAGCCAACUAUACAUUCGAGGAUAAAUUCAAAGCUAACCUGGAGCGAGGAAACGCAGAGCUGGAGAAAAGAAGACUGGCUCUGCUGGAGGCGGAGAGGAGGGAGCAGGAGCGGCGUGCUCAGAAGGAGAGAGAGGAGCGAGAGAGGAGAGAGAAGGAGGCUCGGGAGGCCGAGGAGAGGAGAAGGAAAGACGAGGAGAGGAGGCUGGAGCGACAGAGGGAGCUGGAGAGGCAAAGAGAAGAAGAGCGACAGAGAGAGAUAGAGAGAAAAGAGGCUGCACAGCGGGAGCUUGAGCGCCAGAGGAAGGAGGAGUGGGAGAGGAGGAGGCGAGGAGAGCUCCAGAUAAAGAGGGAGCAGGAACAGGAUGAUAUCAUCAAAUUGAAAGCUAAGAAAAGGAGUCUUGAGAUGGAGCUGGAGGCUGUGGGUAACAAGCAUCGUCAGAUCUCAGACCGACUGCGUGACUUUCAGACGAAGAAGAAGCUUCAGAAGACUGAGCUAGAUCUGACCAAUCAAAGGAUAGAGACACGUCGGCAGGACAUUAACAACUUGCAGAAACAGCUUGAGGAGUUCCAGAGGAAGUUGUCCCAGCUGACUCCGGAGCAGAAGAGACUGACUGAGAAACUCAAAAACAUGUCUCUGAAUAACCUGCCUGUGUCGAGCAUGUCCACCAUGAAGGUGGGCGUCACAGAGAAAAAAGGGACUUGUAUGAAACUGCGAGAUCAGCUGGAAGCUCUGGAGAAAGAGACUGCUGGCAAACUGGCUGACAUGGACCAGUAUAACAAAGAUAUACAGGAACUGAGAGAGAGCCAGAGAAACCAGCAGGCAGCGCUAGAGAAACUACGGAGCAUCAAAGAGGACAAACGCCGUGAGUUGAUUCGAAAGAAGGAGCAGGAAGAGGAGAAGAGUAGAAGGGAAGAAGAGAGGAGACAACAGGAGGAGGAGAGGAGGCGAAGGGAGGAGGAGGAAGCUCAGAGGCGUAUUAAGAUGGAAAAAGAGCGUCAGUGGCAAGAGAAGCUGAGGAGGGAUGAAGAGGAGCGCCAAAGGAGGCUUCAAGAGGAGAGAGAGAGGAGGCUGCUAGAGGAAGAGAGGAGGAAACUAGAGGAAGAGAGGAGGAAAGAGGAGAGGAGACGGAAAGAAGAGGAGGAGCGACGCAGGAAGUCAGCAGCUCUCACAUCCUUCAAAGCACUCUACCCGUUCACUGCACGAAACAACGAAGAGCUCAGCUUCAAUGCCGACGAUAUCAUCGAGGUUGACGAGACGACAGAGCGGGAAGAGGGAUGGCUGUAUGGCAGCAAACUUGGGAAGAUGGGCUGGUUCCCAGAGAGCUAUGUCGAGAGAGUGGCCCCAUCAGACACAGCAAAUAAUAUUGCUGCUGCUGCUGCUGCUUCUGCUGUUGCUGCUGCUCCUGCUCCUCCUUCUAAAGUGCCGCUCCAGUCACAGCUUUCCAGUGCCCUUGAGGCUGCAAAGGCAGCAGGGACAAAGUCUGCCUUCACACCAACGCACACUCCAAACCCUGCACACUCUGAGACACAAGGACAGCAGGUGGUGGGUAACUUGUUAGCCCAGGCCCUGUGUUCAUGGACAGCAAAGACCGACAACCAUCUGAACUUCAAUAAGGACGAUGUCAUUCAGGUGUUGGAGCAGCAGGAGAACUGGUGGCUGGGAGAGCUGAAUGGUGAACAGGGCUGGUUCCCCAAGACUUAUGUGACACUGCUGGGAGAAGAAGAGAGUUCAGACAUGAAGAGCUCCCCUCCUGAUGCAUCAGAGUCUAGUGACAGCCUGCAGCUUGAAGAAUACGUGGCGUUGUAUACCUAUGAGUCUCCAGAGCCUGGUGAUCUGACGUUCAGAGAGGGAGAUGUGAUCUUGGUGAGCAAGAGGGAGGGAGAGUGGUGGAACGGCUCUAUAGGCGACUGCACAGGCCUGUUCCCCAGCAACUACGUCAAACCUAAAGAGAGCGAUACAUCAAGCACAUCUGGAAAGAAGAAGCCCGUGAUUGCCCAGGUGCUCAGGGCCCACACCUCUACUGGCCCAGAACAACUGAAUCUGGAAAACGGACAGCUCAUCCUCAUCCUCAGCAAGAAUGCUUCUGGCUGGUGGCUUGGAGAACUGCAGGCCCGUGGUAAAAAGCGUCAGAAGGGCUGGUUCCCUGCCUCUCAUGUCAAAGUAUUGGGAUCCAACAGUGGCAAGUCCACACCAGCACCCCAACCAGUCUGUCAGGUGAUAGCCAAAUACGACUACACAGCCGCCAAUGGCGACGAAAUGAGCUUCAGGUCAGGUCAGCUGAUCAACGUUUUAGACAAGACCGACCAAGAUUGGUGGAAAGGAGAGAUCAACGGGACCACUGGCCUGUUCCCCACCAAUUACAUUACGUUGACCACAGCGGACUGUGACCCCAGCCAGCAAUGGUGUGCAGACCUAACCAGCCUGGACUCACUGAGCCCCCAGGAAAAGAAGAGACAGGGUUACAUCCAUGAGCUGAUACAGACUGAGGAGAGAUAUGUGGAAGACUUGCAGAUAGUGCUGGAGGUUUUCCAAAAGCCUAUGUUGGAGUCGGGUCGGGUGAAGGAAGCAGAGAUGAGCAUGAUCUUUGUUAACUGGAAAGAUCUGCUGGCCUGCAACACUAAAUUUCUCAAGGCACUACGUGUUCGUAAGAAGACAGGCGGGGAGAACAUGCCGGUGCAGAUGAUAGGAGACAUCCUGGCUACUGAGCUGUCCCACAUGCAGCCCUACAUUCGCUUCUGCUCCUGCCAGAUCAACGGAGCCACACUGCUCCAGAUUCGCAUUGACAGCGAGCCGGACUUCAAGAACUUCCUCAAGAAAAUUGCCACAGACUACAGGUGUAAAGGCAUGCCGUUGUCCAGCUUCCUACUGAAACCCAUGCAGAGGAUCACACGCUACCCGUUGCACAUCAAAAACAUGUACAAGGCAAAGAGCAACAAGGAACUCUGGGCUUUCCUCUUCAACGACUUUCUGCUUUUGACUCAUGCGUCCAAACAGUUCACCUCGUCUGGCCCUGAUAAACUGUUCAGCAACAAGAACAAUGUACAGCUCAAGAUGUACAAGCCGCCUGUGCUGCUAAAUGAAGUUCUGGUGAAGCUGCCAGAUCCUUCCAGCGAUGAGCCCACCUUCCACAUCUCACACAUCGAUAGAGUCUAUAUACUCAGGACCGACAACAUCAAUGAACGGACAGCGUGGGUUCAGAAGAUCAAGGCUGCAUCGGAAGAAUUUAUUGAGACAGAAAAGAAAAAGAGGGAAAAGGCCUAUCAAGCGCGAUCUGUGAAGGCUAGUGGAAUCGGCAGACUCCUCGUCACCAUCUUGGAGGCCACUGAACUCAAGGCGGGCAAACCCAAUGGUAAAAGUAACCCAUACUGUGAAGUGACCAUGGGAGCUCAGAUCUUCACAUCCAGAACACUCAACGACACUCUGAACCCCAAGUGGAACUUCAACUGUCAGUUUCACAUCAAAGACCUUUACCAGGACGUCCUCUGCAUCACAAUCUUUGAAAGAGACCAGUUUUCACCUGAUGACUUUCUGGGUCGGACAGAGGUUCCCGUGGCAACCAUAAAGAAAGAGUUUGAAAACAAGGGACCAGUGACACGUCGUCUUCUGCUGCACGAGGUUCCUACGGGGGAAGUGUGGGUCCGCCUCGACCUGCAGCUCUAUGGAAACAAAUAGCUGUAUGGGAUGAACUAAAAUAAUAAUGGAGUCUUCUACCAAGACAUUUUCCUCCUGCAGAGUAACCAAAUAAGAAAAGCUGCUUUUUGUCACCUAAACAAACUCAGGAGGGUUCCCACCACACGCCUAAUAUGGACUAAGAUACCCAUAUCAAAUUAAACUGUGUUUCACACACAAUGCCUAAAUAUAUUAAUGUCAACCAGCACUAAUAAUACCUCUUCUGAUGUCACCCAGUAGUCUUCCAGUAGGGAAGCGAACCCAACAAUAGGAGUCAGAUCUCUUUUUUUCCCUUUUUUUUUUGGUUCAUGACCUCAGAUGUAAAGGGUAGCAUGACUGGUGCAGCUGUUUGCACCCGACCAAUACGUACUGUAUGCUCUGAAGGAGUUAAAAGGAAGGACCGCAGCCACAGUGGAGACGCAGCACGUGGUGGAGUUGAAUCUGGGUCCUUCUGUAAUAAUUUAUAACCUUCAGAUGGAGGUAGAACUGAAAAAAGACAGUUUAGAAGCAGAUAACCACAAUACUUUUAAUAAAGUAAUACGGCUAUCAGUAUAAAGUUCGUAUCUACUCUACUGUCUAGACUCUCACAGCUCUGUAGUUACAACAGUUGGGUUUUAAAUAUUCAGUGAUUGAGACACACUUUGCCAAGUCUGGUCAACCAAGGCCACUUAAUGAGUGGAAGCUGAGCUAACAAGUGUUUUCUCUUAACUUACAAGAUAUGUACAUAUGUACUGAUGGUUUUCAAGAGGCUGUCUGAUCCGUAACAUGUCGUCUUCUCACAGUGACGUUAAACGAAUCAAACAGUAGAUGGCAGGUGAUGGACAGAAACACGGACUCUGUCGAGCCGACUGGUCUGGAGUCAGUUUACUACUGUAGAUAGAAGAUCUCAGGAUAUGCUGUUCUGGGUUGAGUGAUUUGUUAAUCUGUUGUGUGCGUGUGUAUGUGUGUGCGUGCAUGUCUUGAGUGUAGAAGUCUACUUAACGUUUAGUUAAGAUAUAGCAACAUACAAAUAUCUUCAGCCGAGGGCUCUUGAUGCUGCAACUCUUGGAGUUAAUUCAUAACUUUUUGCCUUAAUACAAGUCAUCUUUUUAGUCUUUUAAAAUCUGUCAGUUUUUUGGGAUGCUGUUGGACUUGGGAUAUAUUUAGUAGCUUGUUUUCUUUCGUGUGCAAAAUCCGCCACGGCCAAGAAGUUUGAGUGCAAAAUAAUAACACAAAGGUAUGAAAAGCUCUACUGAUGAACAUUUCCUUUCCCUUUUCUUCUACACCUGUUCCUGCCUUCCUCUUCAGUGUGGAGGAUUUUGAGGACGUCAAUAUUUCGAGGCAACACAGAUAGACAAGACAGUUUGUCAGCAAUAAUAAACAGUAUUUUGUAUCUUGUAUUUUUGUUCUUUACACUUUUUAUGCUGCCAGAGAUUUUUAAGUGUCAUUCUCCAGUCCUCGCCUCACUGACAGCAAUAUUAGCCAUCUCUGUUGCCUCAAAAAGUUGCCCUUUACAAACAUCCGCCAUGAAAACGUUACAAGGAUAUAGUGUGUAAAAGCUUUUUUAUUUAUGUUGUCGGUUGACUUUUUGGUGUCUUCUGUCUUGGUUUUACUCUUUUGUCCUUUUACAUCCAGUUUCUUUUCUAACUAUGAGCGGAUAUUGACAAAAAGGGUUGUAUUUAUUUCUUAAUUUAUGCGUGUGUGACCAUCCAAAGGUUUGGAGCGGCUUUUCUUGCUAUGACAUCUUGGAUAAUCAGUUGGUAUCCACUGGGUUUGUUUUGAAGAUGUGUGACGUCAAAUAUUAAAGAUGUGUUCAUCGGACACACGUUAAUACGGUUUUAAAAGGCAAUAUAACAUCUUAGAUGAUUCUGUAUGAUUGAGUUUUACUGUAAGUAGGCUAGGUCACUAGUCGUUGUGGUAGGCCUGCUGUUUUGUGCUCUUGUACUUUAUUCAUUUGUCUUAUUCAAGCAACAAAACUCUUUUUAAGUCCUGUAUUAACUUUGAUGGGGAUUUUUUUUUUUUAUGUGCAAAUAGACUGGAUUACCUUCCUCGUCUGUGUAGAGGUGGUACAAGUUUCUCUUUUUUGUUUUACUUUUUAUUUUCCGCAGCCUUCUGCAUUGACUGCUGCUGUGCUAACUGAGUUUAUGGCCUCUAUAACCCAGAUUGUCCCAUCAGCCUGGAGUCUGUAACCUGCUGUUUGUACUCACUUUGGCCUCCAUGUGGCUCUCUCUGAAUCAGGGUUUCUUAAGUCAAAUUAAAGACAUUAAAAGUGAA